AUGAAGUUCUUAACACUUUUGGCAGCGUUCGCGCUCGUCGCUGUCGCCGCCGCACAGCCAGCUACCAAUCGCGCACAGCUGUUGCGCAUACAUCAGGUGACGCGUGAGGAGUACGACGCGCUGCUGAAGCUGGCCAAGGGCAAGAGCACGCUGUCCGAGGCGCGUUUGAUCCACAGCCCGUUGACUGGCAUUAAGGCGCUCGCUGUGAAGGGCAUUGGCCUCUUUGCUGCCGGCUCGCAUUUGAAUAAGAAUGGCUACAAUUUGUGCACAAGCGAGAAGCGUUCGCUUUACUUCACCGAAAAGGUAGAUGAAGAUGAUUCUGAUGAGCAUGAGCAUGGUGGACACAACAAAUUGGUCAAGGCCCAGGUCAGCACGCCUAGGAAACAAUCCAAACAUUAG